UGAGUAAUCCAGGACAUGCCUCUGCGGUCACGUAAUUGGAUGGCGCCAGCCGUAGAGCUCGAGGGCGAGCGCCGCUGGACGGCGGCAGUCGGCGUCGAGAAACCGAUCGCGAUGGGAGACAACGUCAGCAAGGAGGAACUCGAGGGCGACCUGGCGGGGGCGCAGCGGGACAACGGGUUCGAGAACGAAGACGAGGAAGAGGACCUUAGUUCGGAGGCUGACGAGGAGGCGCACAAUAAUGAAGCCUCGGCCUCAUCGGAGGACUCCGUCGCUGCCCAAGGGGAGGACACCCUGCCGGCCUUGCCCUACCCCGGCGUCGUCAGUGGGAAGGGGAGUGAGAGGAAAGUGGCGGGAGAAGAAAGUAGCGCCUCCGGAUCAGAAGGAAGCGAUUCCGAAAGUGAGGAAGACGGAAGUGCGUUCGGCGAAGAGGGCCGUUCGGCGGGCAGUGAAAGGGCUGCUUCGAAAGAGUCGGACGGCGACGCAGAGACGGUUGAGAAGGAAACUCGUUCCUCGGAGACUGUUAGCGAUGUGAACGGAAAUUCCACAGACGCCGAGGAUGAAGGAAAAAUAACUGAAGAUAAAAAAGCAAUAUCGCAAAUCCAUGAAUCCAAACGCAAGCAUGAAGAUUAUGAGAGUAUUGAGAAAAAAGUGGUUGUGUCCGAAUCAGUCGCAGAGCCGACAGAAACAGUAGAGGAAGAGCACAGUGGCACAAAAGGAGAAGAAAUGGCAGGUAUAUCAGAUAACACUGCAUCUGAUUUACUAGAAUCGGCGCACAAAGUGUUCACUUCUGAAGCCGAGGAAGAUGGGUCGGAAACUGUCGAGGAAAAAGACGAAAAGGAAGGUGGUUCGCGCAAUGUUCAAGAGAGAGCCGGAGAGGAAGCCGUGUCGGAAUGCGGGUUUUCUGAUUCAGCGAUGAAGCACGUGACCACGGAGGUCGGGCCAGACGGAGACGCCGUCCUGAUUGCACAUGCACACAAAGAGAGUGCAGAGCCUCCUGAAGGGGCAGGUACUUUUACUCUGCAAGUGGAGGGUUUCGGGCGUGAAAGGCAGAACUCCUUCGUGGAAGAGACUGUCGAGGAAGUUAUCAGGAAAAGCCUAGAGAGUGUUAGCGCUUUAGAAAUCGUUAAGAUAGAGCCAGAUCUUUCUCUUGUGACGGCUCAUGCUUCCGGAGACGCUGUUGUUGUUGAGGGCAAAGACGUAGAGGUGAAGGGUACCAGCAGGUCGGGGGAAACUGCUGAGGAAACGGAGGGAUUCGCACACGCCGGGGCGCUGGCGAACAUCAGAAAGGAGUCACCGGCAGUGAAAGAAGAAUCUGGCGGGCAAGAGCAUGGCGAAUCAAAGCAGGAAGAAGCUGCAGGUCCUGAGGCCGAUACAGUUGUAAAUGCGGAUGCUGGAAAGUGUCCAGAAAUAAUAGUGGAGGGCAUUGGCUCCUCGCCAAAAAUGGGAGGUGAUCUCGAGACUUUCCUGGUUCAUGCAGACAUGUGCGAGUCAGUUUAUUACGACCGGAACGAAGCUGAGCCAGAAACUUGUCCUGAACCGGUCACUUCCUCAGUUGCAGACACCGCGGAGCGCCAGAAAGAAGCACUUGUGUCAGACGCCAUGGAAACCGUAACGCAGACACCACAAGCUGAGGGGACGUCGAGAGCAGCAGGGGCUGAAGAUGGGCAGCAGACGCCGGCCAUCGAGAUCAGUCCACCCCUUGAUGUGGAAGAAGUUUCGAGUGUCAUCGCGUCCAGUGAUUUAGAACAGGAAAGGGAUGAAGUGGAGGACGGCUUUUGUGCUGGCAGUGCUGGCUCUUCAAAGGACACGGUGGAGGAGGCCGAAGCAGACACGGUCUCGGAUGUAAAGAAAGAAAAGCCUGAAGACGUCACGGCCGACGAAAGUGAUGAGGCAGGGACUUCUGAAAGCGUUUCAUAUACCGAAGGUGAAACAGAAUUGUCCGUUGCAAGUGAUAUUGAAUCGCGAAGCGCCAUGAGCGAGGUAGAGGGGGUAAACAGUUCUACUUCCGAAAGUGGUAUUGAUCAAGCAGAGGUUGAAAAAGGCGAAUCUGAAGCCCAGUUCCCUGUGGCAGACGUAACUGUGAUUGAGACGGUUGGAGCCAAAGCAGUUGUUGAUAAAGUCGUUACAGCAGAAAGUGCUGACGGCGUUUCAGAGGAGCAUGCAACACAAUCCGCAGCUGAAGUUAUUGACGAUGAACCGGGCAUGCAAGUGAGAGAAAAAAGCCGGGUUUCCGAAACUGAAGCUAAUACAGUAGUUAUCACUGAGAGUGACGAAAGUGAAAUACAAGAAUGUGUAUCCACAGAAAACAUUGAGGAUGAUUCAGAAUUGAGUGUGUCAGAUACUACAAUAGAUGGCGUGGUAAGCGAAGUAGAAGUGCCAGCUAUACUUGAAAGUGCCGAGGGAGAAACAAAAAUAACAGUUCCAGUAGAAAUAGAAAUAGCAGCUACGUCUGAAAAUGCCGAGGAAGAAACAGAAAAGCUGGAUACAACAGAAAGUACUGAGGAAGAAACUGAAUUUUCUAUUACGACGGAGGAGAAAACCGAUGAGCAAGUCCUAGCAGAGGUCCUUGAUAGCAGAGCCGAAGACGCUGCCGCAUCAGAAAGGAUCGAGGAUGAAGCAGAGCCUUCUACAACAGCAAGUAGUGAGGCUGCUUCACCUGCGGGCGCCGAGAGAGAAACAGGGGGCGCAGAAGGAUGUGAGGAAGAAACAGAUCUGUUAGUUACAACAGAACUUACGGAAAAACAAAUACCUGUACAGGAUGAAGAUAAAUUGUCUGGCGCAACAGACAGUGUCGGAGAAGAAACGAAGGAAUAUGUUAAUUUACAAAAAGCAAUCGUAGUUGCCACAGAAAUUAGUGAGACUGAAUCAGAAACGCCCGUUUCGUCAGAUAGUACUGCAAUAGAGAAAACAGAGGACGACAGUGAAGUACAAGAAACUGAUGUUACAGAAGAGGUGACAGAGGGCGAGAGCGAGAGUGUGACUGACGUUACAACAAAAAGCACUGAUGAUGAGACAGAACUCUCAAUUGAAACAGAGAGCACUCAAGAAGAAAUUUCUACGGAAAUCACGAACGAGGAAGCCGAGGCGCCUGUACCUGGAGAAACAGAACAAUUUUUAUCAGAAGUUCCACUGUUAAAGAAAACGGUUGAGAGUGAAACGGGAGCACAAGUCACAGCUGAAGGCACGGAAGAAAAAGCAGAAUUACUUGUAACAGAAGUCAGGAAUUUGGGAAAUGAAGAGAACGUUCCGUUAGAGGACGCUGUUACGGCAAACACCGUCGAGAGUGAGAUACAGGCACAACCUCCCGAGGCGGGCGCUCCGGUAGUUGAAGUAUCUGUUGAAGAGAACGAGGAGGAUGUGUCAACAGAGGAGCUUCUUACAUCCGGAAGUAUUAGGAGUGAAUUGGGAGGAACGACGAGAACAGAAGGUACGGAAGAAGAAUCUGUUACAACAGAAAGCUAUGAAGAAAUAGAAAAAGAGAUCCUGUGUGUAACAGAUGUGGAGAAGGAUGUCCCACGUGAAACGGAUAGUGUACAGGAUGAAACAGAAGUCCCUUCAGCAUACGUCAAGAAAAUCCCUGAAAUAAUUGUUGAAUUAGAAAGUACCGAGGAGUCGUCAGAAAUUUCUGCCCGGACUAGUACUGAUGAUUUAUCAGAAAUGUCUCGUGCAUCAGAGAGCGGCGAGGAAGUAUUAGAAACAUCUGUUGCAACGGAAAGCGCAGAGGAUAUAUCAGAAACAUCUGUUGCAACGGAAAGCGCAGAGGAUAUAUCAGAAACAUCUGUUGCAACAGAAAGUGCAGAGGAUGUAUCAGAAGUAUCUGUUGCAACAGAAAGUGCAGAGGAUGUAUCAGAAGUAUCUGUUGCAACAGAAAGUGCAGAGGAUGUAUCAGAAAUAUCUGUUGCAACAGAAAGUGCAGAGGAUGUAUCAGAAAUAUCUGUUGCAACAGAAAGUGCAGAGGAUGUAUCAGAAAUAUCUGUCACUACAGACAGCGCGGAGGAAGUUUCAAAACUCUCAGAGCCAUCAGAAAGCGCCGAAGAAACGUCAGAAAUGUCUGUAGUGUCAGAAAGCCUCGAAGGAAUAUCAGAAUUGUCCGUUAUAUUAGAAAGCACCGAGGAGCCUUCGGAAGUGUCUCAGGCCGAGGAGAGCGUCGAAGGAACGGCAGAAGCAUCAGUUGCAGCUGCAACAGAGAGCGUCGAAGGAACGGUAGAGGCCUCCGUUGCAGCAGAAAGCAUCGGGGAGACAGCAGCUGCAACAGAGAGCGCCAAGGCCGUGCUAGAGAGCAAAGAGCAUGAGGCUGAGGUGUGUGCGGCAGGGAAGGGUGCCGAGGGAGAUCCAAAAUUACCUGUUGCAACCGAAGGAAUUUGUGAGCAGGGCGAGGAAAAAUCGCAGUCGGAAGUCGGGGAUCAAGUCCAUGCGAAUGCGUCGUUACCCAGCGUUGAUGCAGCAUUGGCAGAAUUGGACAGCAUCCCAGACGGAGUUUGUGAGGCAGGAGACGUAGAAGAGGAGGAAGAAGACGAGGAGGAGUGGUCAUACUUCCGCAUGGAGCCACAGACACAGCCACAGGGUGAAGACAUUCUUGUUCCUGGUGGUCCAACAGCUCCUGUAGCCCCUCCUAGUGAAGCCCCUCAGAGUGUUGAUACAGUGAUUGAUGGUGAGGGCAUUGUAGCAGCAGCUCCGAAGUCACCAUCUCAUGAAGAUUUGCUCACCAGUCCUAUGGAAGCUGCCCCUCAGGACCAGGUCAUAGGAGAGGUGUAUUCAGAAAAAAUUCCUUCUCCACAUGAGGCUGAUCAACCACCUGUUAUGGAAAAUCCCCCUGAUAUUCUUCAAGCCGGUGUAGAUGAGGGAACAUUUGGGUUUGAAAGCUCUGCAAGGACUCUCGACCUGAUGCAAACCUCUAUGGACAAAGUUCCAGAUCUGAUGGAAGGUAACUUCGAACAGCCAUCCAGUCCUCAUGGUUCAGUGAGUCCUCGUGUCCCUGGAAGCCCAAGGUCUGUUGAAGGUUUUGUAACAUCUGUUGAACUCAACACACCUGAGGAGAACUUUGGCACAAACUUUGCCAUCAACCAAAAUCAGGACUCACUCACAAGUGCAAUGGAGCAGCCAUCGGGUCCAUUCAGUGUGUAUGUAAGCUCCUCACCUGAGCCUAGCAGCUUGGAGCCUUCACUGCAAGCACCUGUAGACCUUGUGAACUUCAGUGGAGUUGCAAAUGGACAGGUUGAGGAAGAAUCCUCUCAGGUGGCCCUGGACUCACCUGUAGAAAUUGUCCAUGCGCAGUCAACUGUAGAGGUGGUUGCACCUCCAUCUCCAGUUGACAUUGCUGGUCCUGAAACACAGUUCAUCAUUCCUGAACAUGAGACAGGUCAGGCAAACACAGAUGUGCAGCAGCCAUCAGAUAUUACCUUUGUGCCAGAAAAAGCAGUGGAACCAGUGGCAGAGGUGCCUGUGUCAGUUUUUGUUGAUGAAAGCACUCCUGUUUCAGAGCCAGACACUGCAGAUCUCCUUGGACAGGAAGUUGUCUCUCCUGCUGUAGAAUCACCACUAACCCCAGUGGAGACCUCACCUGCCCCAGUUGAAGAACUUAUCAGCCCAGUUGAGUAUACCCCAGCACAAGAAGAGCCCAUACCUUCUCCAGUUGAGCCAACACCUGCUCCAGUCGAACCCACACCAGCUCCAGUCGAACCCACACCAGCUCCAGUCGAACCCACACCAGCUCCAGUCGAACCCACACCAGCUCCAGUCGAGCCCACACCAGCUCCAGUCGAGCCCACACCUGCCCCAGUCGAGCCCACACCUGCCCCCGUCGAGCCCACACCUGCCCCAGUCGAGCCCACACCUGCCCCAGUCGAGCCCACACCAGCUCCAGUCGAGCCCACGCCAGCUCCAGUCGAGCCCACACCUGCUCCUGUUGAAUCCACGCCAACUCCAGUUGAAGCUACACUUCCUUCAGAACCCACAUCAGAGAAAGUGGAAACUCCAGCACCAGCUGCAGCAGUUCCUGCAAAGGCAGCAGCUAAAACUGUUAAAGAAGGAGCUCCUACACCUAAAGUGAGGACUCCUGCUAAAACCACUAAAGCUCCAGUUACAAAAGCCACACCAGACAAGAAGCCAACUCCAGGUAGGGCCACACCAGCCAGACCAACACCUGGAAAAGCCACACCCACUAGGACUCCCAUCUCUAAGACUCCAACCCCCAAAGCUACAGAGAAAACUGCUUCACCAAAGCCUUUAUCAAGAGUGGCCCCCACCAAGCCUGCUGCAGAUAAACCCACUGCUGCCAAACCAGGAACAGCAAGGCCUGCAUCUGCCAAACCAACUGCCACACGACCAGCAACUGGCACUGCUGGUGCUACAAGGCCAACAGCCACUAGGCCACUUGCCAGAAAGCCAGCUGAAAAACCAGCAGCAACCACUAGCACCACCACAAAAGCCCCAGCCACCCGACCAACAACAGGUGCACCCAGGCCAGGUUCUGCACGUCCAAUUCCUGCUGCUAGAACUACCACAACAUCCACUGUUAAGAAGACAGCUCCCACCAAGACUGCAGAUAAGCCUGAUGCUGGUAAACUUGUUAAUGGGUCUGCCACAAGGACAACAACUGCACGUAAACCUUUAACACAAACAGCAACCAAGACUUCAACCACACGCCCAGCUGCUGAAAAAGAGACCAAGAACACUACAAACCGAAUCCUUUCCACAACUCGACCUGCCUCUAAGCCAGGAACUACCGCCACCACUCGACCCACUGUCAGUAGAACAGCAGCAGCAGCCAGGUCAUCAACAACUGAGAGCAAGACCACUUCACGUGUGGAUGCCACCACCAAGGCUAGAACAUCUACAACAACAAAAUCUGCUGCAACCAGGACUGCAGGAGUUGCAGUGAAAAAGACCUUGGUCACCAAAACUAAAACUGCUGGAACAAAGACAGCAGCCACUAAAGCAGAGAAAUCUGAAGCAACAGUCCUAGAGACCAGUGAGCCUGUAGUGAAUGGGGAAAACAAGAUUGCUGAUGAGGAAACUAGCGUAGAAGUGAUUGAGAAGUGUGCUGUAGAAGACAUCAUGAAGGCAUCAUCAGAGAAGGUCAUCACAGAAAGCUCCCAGACCAUGACAACCUCGGAACAAGUGGUAGUGACAACAGAAACCACAGAAGUGAUAGUAAAUGGAGAUCAUUGAGAGAGGUGUUGCUGAAAAAUGCAUAAACAUUUUUGAAAUGUUACAUUUGACUUAUUUUUUUUUGACAUUUUGCAUUUUCAGUCUUAGGGUCCAAGUGUGUCUUAAUUUGACAAUGUGAGAGAUGUGCUAGUCUGAUUGAUUGCUCCAGUGACAUUGAUAGUCAGGCUUAUGGUGAAGUUCGACUAUAUUUGGAUCCUAGCUUAUGUAUAGUCACCCAAAUGCUAAUAUUAGGAGCUGAUAUUCUUGCUUAACUAAUAAAUGUACAUUACAUGAACGUACAAUGGUAAGGACUGUCUUACUUAUGGUUCCGAAGAGUUUGAUAUAAUCUACCGUUCACAUUAGUUAAGGAAAUCAUUAUUUCUUCUUUAAUUUUUUAUUUAUUUUUUAUUACAUUUUCUUGAGAGCUGUAACUUUUUGGACUUGAGUGAUGAAACUUGAUUAUGCCUAGGUGCAUUGAUGUCCAUAAUAUUUAGAUCAUAAGAUAUGUAAUUCAUGCAGUUCACAAUAUAUUUCAUUAAAAUAUUACAGAAAAAAAAGAAAGCUUUAAGUUAAAAGUUAAUAUUUGUAAAUAGCCAUCAAAAUAUUAAUGUGAGGUGCUAGUUUUCCCUUGUUGCAUUCCGGUAUUUCCACUGCUUCAGACUUUUGUACUUGGCCCCAUGCCCACUCAGGCUUGUAGCAACAAGUCAAUUAAGGCACCAGUUUUAUAUAUAACUAAUAGUAAUGUAAUUACAGAUACCAUUGUAAAGCUUUUUUGUCACUGUGGUUAGGAACAUGGAUGUGAUCAGUGUGGAUACAAGGCAUAUGUUCAAAAAAAAAAAUAUAUAAAGCGGUUGCUGAUUAUGAAGUGCCUUUUUUCCAAGACUUCUCCAUUCCAUAUUGCUAAAUAAACAAUACUUUUCUUUUUUAUAUGGAAUUACAAUUUUUCAAUCCCCAGGCAUUACUUAUUUAUUGAAUGUUGGAAGUGAAACCUCAAAAUUAAGUUUCUUUUCCAAAUUCCGGCAGUUGUUUCUGAAGAAAUUCUCACCAGUGCCCAGUUAAGAGGAAUGUAUAUUUCAUUUGCUUCCUAUAUUAUUGUGAUGUGUCAUUGGUUCCGCACAAGCCUGUGUAAAGUGUAUCAACUAUUGUAUUCAAAUAAGUAAUAAAGGAUAAUAUACAAUAGUAUUUUAGUGUU